AUGGGGUUUUCCGAAAAGACGUCUAUAUGGCACUCCCUCUCAUCCAGCCAUCGACAAGAACGCAGGCAGCGCAAAGCAGCGACCACAAAAGCCACCUCACCAACACAUUAUCCAUCAUGGACACGAGGUCGCACACGUAGCUCCAAUACAAAUUCCCUGGAGCAAUCAUCAGACCUCCCACCACCGUACACAGAGCUCCCAACGAUCAAAGUCAGUGCCCCGGAAGAACUAGAAUCAGAAUCCGAUUCCCAGUUCGCCUUCCUCAGCGAAUUCCACACGAUCUUCCUAGUCGACGACAGCACAAGCAUGCGAGGCAAAUCCUGGCAAGAAGCUAGAGAAGCCAUCGCAGCAAUCGCUCCAGUCUGCACAGCAUAUGACAAAGAGGGAAUCGAUAUCUACUUCAUCAACCAUCGCUCAAACCCCAACUACAAUCCCAACUACACCACCUCCAACUCGAAAUGUCCACAAUUCGGCGGCGGAUACUACAACAUCCGAACUGCGCAAGGAGUCAGCGAGAUCUUCGCCUCCGUCAGACCCGCCGGCGGAACAGCAGCCGGGAGUCGACUCCGUGAUAUCCUGGGUCCGUAUGUGGAUCUGGUAGUCGAGACGGAGAGGGCGAAGAGAACGCAGAAUCAUGCUUUUAGUUUGGACCGGGGGAAGAUAGAGUCGGUUACACCGAUUAAUAUCAUUACGAUUACUGAUGGGGAGUUUACGGAUGAUGCGGAGAGUGUUAUUAUUCAGACUGCUAGGAAGUUGGAUGGACCUUGUUGUGCUAUUCCGUGGCAGGUUGGGAUUCAAUUCUUUCAGAUUGGGAAUGAUAAGAUGGCUCAGAAGUAUUUGGAGGAAUUGGAUGAGGAUCUUGGGAAACGGUGUAAUGAUUUACAUUUGAGGGAUAUUGUUGAUACUGUUUCUUGGAAGAAUCGGAAUGGGGAGAGGUUAGAGGGGGAUGGGAUUUUGAAGGCUGUGCUUGGGGCUGUUAAUAAGAGGUUGGAUAGGAAGAAGGUAUAG